UGAAACAGACAUCAGCUGCAAACACACACACUCACAUUGAGAGGCAGAACACAAGGAGAGAGACAGACGCCUCCCCCGAUCAUCUGGGACAUCCUACACACUACACCAUUGAUCCCCCUGCAUGCACCAUCACCUGAUCAAUAAGGCUGAUCGGGGAUCCCACCGGAGCUAAAGGGGGGAGCUGCUGCUGCUGUUACUACUAGAGGGGGGUGGUGGGAGGGAUACACAUUUUGGGGGGGGUGGAGGUUGGUCCUCCUGCUGAUUGCUAUGGAGUAUUUCAUGAUGCCCGCGCAGAAAGUACCCUCCCUGCAACACUUCAGGAAGACGGAGAAAGAAGUCAUUGGUGGCCUGUGCAGCCUAGCAAACAUCCCCUUGACGCCAGAGACGCAACGGGACCAAGAAAGGCGGAUACGUCGGGAAAUCGCGAAUAGCAAUGAACGCCGCCGCAUGCAGAGCAUCAAUGCUGGCUUCCAGUCUUUGAAAACUCUAAUCCCUCACACAGAUGGGGAGAAACUAAGCAAGGCAGCGAUACUGCAGCAGACGGCAGACUAUAUAUUCUCCCUGGAACAGGAGAAGACCAGGCUACUGCAGCAGAAUACCCAGCUGAAGCGCUUUAUACAGGAGUUCAAUGGCUCAUCCCCUAAGCGACGACGGGCGGAAGACAAGGAUGAGGGCAUCGGCUCGCCGGAUAUCUGGGAAGAGGAAAAAGCCGAAGACCUGCGAAGGGAAAUGAUUGAACUGCGGCAGCAACUGGACAAGGAACGUUCUGUGAGGAUGAUGCUGGAGGAGCAGGUGCGGGCUCUGGAUGCUCACAUGUACCCUGAAAAGUUGAAGGCUAUAGCUCAACAAAUCCAGGAAGAGGGAGGGCAGGGACAAUCGGACGAGUCACUGGACAGGGGUGACCAGCCUCUCCAAUCUCAGCUCCUGGCACCACAUAUGCCCCUGGCGCCCACUCACCACCCCACAGUAAUAGUCCCCGCUCCACCCCCUGCACCUUCUCAUCACGUCAAUGUUGUGACUGUGGGACAUUCCUCGGUGAUCAGUUCUGUGUCCACCUCCCGGCAAAAUUUGGACACUAUUGUGCAGGCCAUACAGCACAUAGAGGGCACACGAGACAAACAGUUGCAGGACGACGAGCAGCGAAGGGCGGUCAUCGUGAACGCCGUGCGCCCGUGCGAAGAUUCGGACACCGCGUCGGACACAGAAUGCGAUGACAGCGAGGCAGAUCAAAACAAGGAUGAUGCCAUGGAAGACCCCUGACAUCUGCUGCCCUUCCCAGGACUGGGCAAGAGACUGGGGGGGAACUGGAGGGGGAGGAGGCUAAGGGUACUUGAGGGAGCACAGUCGGGGGUUGCUCCCUGCCGGCCUCCUCCCCAAAUCUGUAGGGUUUUAUAGGGUGGUCUACUGCUGACCGCAAAGAUACUGUAAUGAGGUUGUUGAGGGAGAAAAAGGGUAAAAGCACUAAGGGGAUGUCCCGGUCUGUUAGACAGAGGAGGAGUGUCAUUGUGGUAGGGGGUGCUUACAUUUUUUUUCUGUUCCUUAAAUUUGCAGCAGUCCCUCAAAUCCUCAAACCUUUUUUCUUUUUUAUGCCUUUCCCAGUCAAAGGGAUUAAGGCCUGCACUUGUGACUAUGAAGUCCCCUCUCAUCAGUAUAUAGGUAUAAGAAAGAUAAGCGUAGUCCUGCCACCCACGGGAUGUGGUAGUAUUAACCGAUGCAACCGUACCAUUCAAUUUAUACCUUUAUAGAUACAUUUUAUACUUCUAUAUUUUAUAGCUUAUGUAUAAUAUACCUAUAUCGAGCACCAGUUGGGGCACGUUCAUGGAUCUAGCUUCACCAAGCCCGACCUUAUUUUGAGCCACCCAAAUUUCCAUGGUAUUUCCUAUUACACUUCUAGCUGCCUGAAAGCGAAUACCGUGCAGGCCUUAUUCUCUUCUUCACCACAUGAUGGCGCUGUGGAGAGCAGAGAUUCCUUUAGGAUCUUGCAUUCUAAAAUGUAUAACUUUCAUAAAGUCUUAGGGACCCCAGGGUUAUAGUUCUACGUAAGCAGACCACGCAGAGUCUUAGCACUACAUUCUGGCUUCCAUAUUUCAAUAUACUAGCUUUUUUUAUUUUAUUUUUCCGCUGUGACCUUCAUUUAUUAUUAUAAUAUUUUUAUAUAUAUUUUUUUUUUUUAUGUUUGCAUCUGUUAUGAAAUCAGGGUUGGUUUAAUACCCAGGAUCAAAGUUGGGUUUAUCCUAGCAUAGAUGCACUCUUAUGCUAUCACCCAAGUUGCUGAAAUAUUGCUUUACUGCAUUAAAAAAAUGAGAAAGACAUUGCAAAUGCAAAUAGUCCCAGUCUAAAGGAAUGGUAUCAGGUUAAAGGGAUUGUCCAGUAUAGGAAAAAUAUGGCUGCUUCUAUUAAAAACAGCGCCACCCUUGUCCACAGGGUGUCUGUGGUAUUGCAGCUUGGCUCCAUUCACUUCAAUGGAGAGCAGUUGCAAUACCAGACACAACCUGUGUGUGGAGCCGAUGCCAUGAUUUCUGAACCUGGACAACCCCUUCAUGCAAAAUUAAACAUAUGUUAUGGUCUUGCACGUCUUAUUUUUGGAGGGGUAUCCAUCACCCGCAGACAACUUUGGUAAAUUUCUAGGCUGUAGGAACCGGCCUCUUGAAUGCUGUUUUACCAGGCCUUUGUAAAUGGGGGUUACAGUAAAACAGAGAGGGGGGGGGGUUCAUGGCCCUUUUUAAAAAUCCCCAUUCGAUGUUAAGCAGCCCUUUAUGAGCUAAUAAGCAUGUCUGCUUCCUACCAAAAACGGCACCAAAGCUGUAAUACCACAUUUGACCUGUAGGCAGGUGUGGUGCUGUUUCUGGAAGAAAGGCUGUUGAAAUUGCCUAAUGCCACGCUUUCCCCCAUUCAGCGUCCCCUACAGGGGAGAUGUGUUACUGCAAGGCUCCCAUAUAAAUGACUGGACAACCAUGCUGAAUUCACCAGGAUGGGAGCCUACCCCUCUCUCCCCCCACCAGCUAUUUUUGGCUAUUACGUUGUCCGUAUGCCCUAAGAGGCCAGAGAAUGGGGUUGUCAAGUUGGGUCUCUAAAAUAACUAACUUUAAAUUAACUUCCAGACAGUUUCUCGGUCUCACUGCUGUAUUAAUCUUAUUAUUGUACAAACAUAUUUAGGUGGGGACCCCUUUAAAGCCCCCACAAUGGCUCCCUCUAUUGCUUGUAGGUAAAGGAUACUCCCGGGGGGGGGCUAUGCAGUAAAAAAAAAUUCGAGGAGGGACUGUCUGCUGCUUCGCAUAGCUUGCAACAGGUGGGAAAGGAUUGAGUCACCGUGAGAAUUUGCCAACCUUUCUUUAAAACGGGGGUCAGUAGCUAAGUCGUUCGACCAAGAAUGUCU